AUGCCCUCCUCGGGAGAAGCCGUACCUCUAGCCGCCCAAACAGCCUCGCCUCUAACGCUUCUUCCCGAUCCUCUCCUCCGCCUCAUAUUCCGCAAUGUCUUAUCUGGGUCUCGCGCUUUCCCCACGGGGAAGCUCGCUUGGACACAUACCUGUCGGAGAUUGAGGAAUGUUGCCUUAGCACCUGAAGCUAAGGAUGUAUGGGGCGCCAACGUCACUGCUAUACCGGAAGCGUUGAAUGUAUUCCUCGAGCGUGCGAGAGAUGCGCCGCUCUGCGUUGAUCUUGAGCCGGAUGACUGGGACGGUUGGAAGGACAAGUCUCAGACUCUACUCGAUCUGGUCAGCGAGCAUACCGCGCAUAUCGAGCGUAUCUCCGUCGUGCUGCCUUCGUUCUCUCAGCUCGAUCACGAUACCGCGGCGCGCGACGCUAAGGCCGCGAGCUGCACUAGCUUCCACGCCGCGCUCCUCGAUGCGCUCGCAGGCAAGGAGCUACCGCUGCUCAAACAUCUGGACCUAUCCUACGCACCCUACGCCUCGUCACCAUCUGCGCCACUAUCAUCCGCGAAACCUUUCACCGCGCCGAACCUCACAACGCUCCGCCUAUCCCGCCAACGCAUAUCCGCCGACCACCUCUACGCCAUCCUCCGCUCCUCGCUGGACCUCCAGUCCCUCUCAAUAUCCUGGACACCCACCGACUCGCCCACCCUAAUCCAACUCCCACUCAAAGACGCCGGCGCCCCCCUACACAUGCCAAACCUCACGGACCUCUCGCUGUCGGCGCACGACCUGCCGAGCGUGCUGGGCGUGUGGAAGGUGCUUAUACCGUGUCGGAAUGUGCGGGCGUCGUUUGAGGCUUCGACGAGCGAUGCGCGGGAGUUUGGGAGUGCGCUUACGGCGCUUUCGCCGUUGUUCUACCGCGCGGGGUUGCACAAUCUUGCGUUGCACACCACGGCCGACGCGUUUACAUUCCGCAUGCUGCCCAAACGCAAUCUUGACACUUCGCCCAGUCUAUCCGUUACAACGACUACCCGUGCAUCCAAUCCGACGACGACGCCGAGCGAACUAUUGGAUAUGUUCCUCCGGUUCAUCGACUCGACAUGGCUCGACUCGCUACAUCUCGACGUCAUAUCGCUCUCCAAACCGGCAGUGUCAAUCUUAUCAGGGUUCGACACGAUCGUCGAGAUGUCUUGUCCGUUCUCCUCGCGGUCAAUCCUCUACCAGCUCGCAUCGGCGGAAGUGGCGGAUGAAGACCCGAUAUUACCGAGUAUGGGCACGCUUACGCUCACAUCGCCCUCCAGCUCCCAGCAAUCCGACGCGAGUGAGGCUGGCCCGGGACCGGAGGAGACGAGGGAGAAGUGGGACGUCGUGCAAAGGUUCUUGAAGAGCAGGGCAGAGAAGAGCGCGGAGGUUGACUGCGUGCGGCUCAUGGGACGUGCUGUGGCCGAGAGGAGAGGGCGGGGCGUGAAUGGUAGCAGCAGUGCGGGGAAGAAGUCCGCGCGGGAGGAAGAUGAGGAUGGGUUGAGGGCUGUAAGGGGGCUCGUUAGUGAAGUUGUCGACGGGAGAAAGUGA